CUGUAUUAUUAUAGUCCUAAUUAUAAUAAGAGAUUCUAUAUAUACUUACUCCUAACUAUUAAAAUAGGCCCUACUUCUUUUAAAGACCUGUAUAUAGUUAAUAGUAUCUUAUAUCUAAUCUUUAAGGAUGCCUGCAGAGCUAUAAAUCUAUUAGAAGAUAAUUAUAAAUGGUAUGUAGCUUUUAAUAAG